AUGAGGUACUCGCAACUCGGCUUGCUGGUUCUCGCGCUUGUUGCUUUGGCAGCGCCGUUCGCAUCGGCGCAAUGCAGCGCAGGCAUGGAGCAGUGUGCAGCCCCGCCUUGCGCCUUUGUCAACACGACGUUCUGCGAGCAGCUUUAUGCACUGAACUGCACCCUGAGCAACUACGGCUUGCCCGUGUGCGCGUCUCGCAUCCAGACGUACUGCAAUGCUCAUUCGAGCGAAUCCGGGUGCUGCGACGCAACGCGCGCAGUCCGCUGCCCAUGGAAUCAAAUGUGUGUGGCGACUGCGGCUCUCUGCGCGGACGGCUGCCAGGCGGUUGGCACCUGUCCUGGCGGCGGCACGGGCACUGGCACUGGUGACGCUGGCACUGGCGGCCCUGGCGCUGGGACUGGAGCUCAAUGCCCGACAAACUAUCACUACUGCGGCGUCGAUGGCCCUGGCGUGUGCCCCUUUAUGAACGGCACAUUCUGCACCGCCAUUCAAUCUUGCGCCGUUGCACCAGGGGCACCGUACUCGCCUCAAUGCGAAUCGCAAGUGGCAAGCUACUGCGCCAACCAUCCCGAGGAUUUUGGUUGCUGCAAAGCCGGCCAGGUCCGUUGCAACACCACUCGCCAUUGCGUCAAUGACGUGUCCGAAUGCCCAACUCUCGCGACGUACACUCCGGGAUGCCAGCCCGCCGGACUUCCCUGCCUGUAUGGCCAGCGGUGCCCAAUGCAAUACUUUUGCGGUCAAAAUGGAACUACCACGCAAUGCACAAACAAUCUCAAUGUAGGAUGUCCUGCCCCGAGCUUGUGCGCCGAAGGCUUCAUGUGCGGCGAGACAACCUGCACCAAGACCUUUGGCUAUUGCUCCCCGGCGGACGGCGGCGAGACCGAUCCCAACUCCCCAUCGCGCAGAACCUGCCAGAACUCGCAGCACUAUUGCUCGGGCACUGGCUGCCCGUUCGACAACGCGACUUUUUGCGACAGCAUCGGGCCGCAAUGCGGCAGACUAUUCCCGGGCGGUUCCCUCCCGUACUACUGCUCCAAGGCGAUCGAUGCCUUCUGCGCCGCCCAUCCAUCUGACUCUGGUUGCUGCGCUGCCGGAUCUGUGCGAUGCACCUCCGACCGAAGCUGCAGAACAAGUGCGACUGCUUGUCCCCCGGCCAUGUCUGUCCGCCCUGGCUGCUACUCGGUCGCUGAGCAUUGCCCAGUGCGGUCUGCUUGCCCGAACAAGGCUCGAGACUGCGGAUUUGGCGUCUGUCUGGAAGCAGGCGACACUUCGGCGUGCCCCGUCGGCUCCCAAUGUCCCAACGGUUACCGAUGCGGUGACGCACCUGCGUCGUGCACCUUGACGCUUGGUCAGUGCAACCCCGUUGACCUGAUCGGCACGGGCGGUUCCUAUUCCCCGUCCGGCGUCGGCAGUGCGAGUUCCAAGCCUCCGUCGGCUAGUGGCAGCUCCAAGCCUCCAUCGGCCAGUGCGACCUCCCGGAACGAACAGCCUCACGCGUCCAGCUCGGGUACUGGUGGCGGCUCGGGCUCGGGCAGCGGCUCGGGCUCAGGCAGCGGAUCCGGCUCAGGAAGCGGAUCCGGCUCCGGCAGCGGAUCCGGCUCCGGCAGCGGAUCAGGAUCAGGCUCGGGAAACGACACAACUCCCAUUGGCUCAGUCACUUGCAACGGAAACAACCAACACUUUUGUGGCUAUGCUUGCCCGUUCCAAAAUCCCACGCUUUGCUCUUUCAUGGGUCAACGAUGCAACUUCCCCGCUGGAACGUCGUUGCCAUUGGAAUGCACGCAAGCUAUCGCCUCGUUCUGCACCAACAAUCCCGCGGCCCCUGGCUGCUGCACCUCGAGCGCGCCACACCGAUGCCUCACCAAUCGUGCGCUGUGCGUUCCCAAUUUGAACAACUGCCCACCUGCGACCACGAUGACCCCUGGGUGCUACAAUACCUCGUCGGUGUGCCCUGCUGGCACGCGAUGCGCAGGCCAGAUUGACUGUGGUGGCGAUGUCUGUGCUCCUGCAGGCACUAAAUGCCCAACGGGCAGUCUGUGCGCCGGCGGCUAUCGCUGCGGCACAACGGGCGAUUCGUGCACCCGAACUUUCGGUCAGUGUGCCCCAAUUGAUCGCGGCUCCUCCACGACGGUCAACAUUACAAACUUCCCAAACGCUGCGACCGAGUUCCCUGGCCUCAACCUGGGUACCAUUUGCGGACAGAAUGUUGCCGAUUACGUGCUUCGCAUGCGCACAAGCUGCGUCUUCACCUCUGUUUCCGUCUGCCAAACGUGCAAGCCAUUCCUGGACACUGUUGUCGUUCAAGCCUUCACCGCACUGGAUGCUUGCCAGACCGAUGACCCUGAUUCGUACACCUGGUGGGCCAAUGCUGCCAACACAACACAAGCCCGAUUUGCUGCUCUAGGCUGCGGUCAAACCACCGCGAACACCAACAUCGAGGUUAGCCCUGGCCCUGGAUUCGUCGCUGUUCGCUGGUCUCGAACCAAGGACUCCAACCUUGCUCCAUUCUCGUACAGUGUGGAGGUUGCUCCUGCCAACAAUCCCAACGCCCGAGCGACAUUCCCCGUCAAGCCCGUUAUUUUGUCCGACCAGGACACUCAAGUGUUGACCGCUGUCAUUCGCGCAGGCUUUGUUGGUGGCCAGAGCUACAUUUUGCGGUUCCGCACUACACGUGGUUCGAGUGUGACUGUCAGCAAUCCUUACACUGUCACGAUUCCCGCCGGCUUGAAUUCAACACCUUUCCUUACCUUUGCAGAGAACUGGAUGUCUGCCGGUACAAAGAUUUAUCUGGAUGCAACUGAUCGCCUGGAGCUUUCGCCUGUCCUUGGCGGGGCGAGUCUCUGUGCUGGCAGCGCUGGUUCUGGCACUGGCUCCACUACGUCUGGUACUGGUUCUGGUGAAUCUGGAGGUUCUGGUUCUGGAUCUGGAUCAGGUUCUGGAUCAGGUUCUGGAUCAGGUUCUGGUUCUGGUUCUGGUUCUGGAUCUGGAUCUGGAUCAGGUUCUGGAUCAGGUUCUGGAUCUGGAUCUGGAUCAGGUUCUGGUUCUGGAUCCGGUUCCGGUUCUGGUUCUGGUUCUGGUUCUGGUUCUGGUUCCGGUUCUGGUUCCGGUUCUGGUUCUGGUUCUGGUUCUGGCACCGGCUCCAGCUUGUGCGUCUAUGGCGUCACAAUGACCUGGGCAUUUACUGGAUUCACCGCUUCCCCAUCAAACUCGGCCGGCUCACUGCAAAUUGACGCGAGCCAGCUGCCCACCGCAACGAUUCUCACUGCGACCGUGACUGCCACUUUCUACACAUCCACUUCGACUGCUUCGACCACUUUGGCCACCUCCAUCAACGUGUAUGUUCGGUCUCCCCGCGAUGACGCUGGUUGCACCAUUAGCGGAAGCACCACUGGUGUCUUCUUGCAGGAUGUGUUUUCACUGCAAUGCUCGGCUGGUAUGACUGACAUGGGCCGUUUGUUCUUCUUCCGACCACUGUCCGGUCCUGCUGGCGGUACGACUGGCGGUACGACUGGCGGUACGACGGAGCCUGGCGGCACGACUGCGGCACCUGCUGCGGGCGGUGCCACAACAGUGGAUGGCAUUUCCUUCUUCCCGAAGGCGUCUGCGCAAGCAGGACUCUUUUAUAUUGACACUUUGCCGCCUGGCACCAUCCAGGUGACCAUCCGCUCGUCCUCGCCGUUCGGUGGUCAGUACUACCAGACCUUGACGCUGACAGUCACUCAACCCAGCAACUUGAACUCGGAUGACGCCGCGCGCGGGGUUGUCUUGAAUCAAGCCCAAAGUGUUUUCAACUCGGAUCAGUCGCGUUCGGGCAUUGCCCUUGCAUCGACGCUCGUGAAUGCAAUUGCCGAUGCGGGUGCUGGCGCGGACACCAGCAGUCGCCGAGAGAUUCGCUCGCAGCUGAUCACUGGUGCCGUGGCUAUUGUCAAUGCCACCCAAGCGGAGACUGCGGAUGCCGUCACGCCGCAAGAUUUGACAGACACUCUCGGUUUGUUCCUUGAGCUGACGCGCUUCCCUUCCGAGCUCACCGCUGACGGUCUGACGACCGCCCUUGGUGCCCUUCGCAUCGUGGCCGGCUUGUUGCGCACGGUUGGCAUCGAGGACAGCGCAAAGGUCAGCUUGGCUGGUACCCUCGGCCAGCUGCUGCGUGCGAUUCCGUUGCUGCAAACCACCAACAACUCCCCUGCGUCGCGUGAGUUCUCGGCGCUGGCGUUUGAUGUUUUGCAACGCCUUGGCUCGGCCGCCCGUGCCAAUCGUGCCCCUGGCGAUGUGGAUGUGAUUGAAACCGACGAUAUCGUCAUUCGCAACGAAAACCGCGAUGCAAGCGACCUUGGCGCAUCGCCCAUCUCUCGAAAUGACGGCGCCAACUUUACCGUGCCUUCGUACGCUGCCGGGUCAGCCUCUGUGGUUGGCGUCGAGUACGUUCACCACUUGAACAACCCGUUCGCUUACGACAAUGCGACCGACGAGCAAGCCUCAGACACCUUCUCGCUGCGCCUCACUGACGCUGAUGGCAACGAAAUUUCUGUGAACGAUCUGGAUUCGGACGAUCCGAUUGUUAUUGAAAUCCCAGUGCUCCGCGCGCUUGUCAAUCCCAACAAUACGUUUGUGUGCAUGUUCCGCAACGAGACCACUGGCAAGUUUUCACAAAAGGGCUGCUCGGUUGUCUCGAACGGUACCGCCUCUCUCCGAUGCCAUUGCACGCACUUGACUUCGUUUGCCGUUUUCGAGAUCAAUCCGAUCGACAUCGAUGAGGUUGCCGACCAUCUGGGCGAGCGCAUUGCCGAGCGCCCGUGGCUGAUUGUCUUCUUGGCCGCGAUUGUCUUUGUCUACCUGGUGAUUCUGCUGCCGUUUGCCAUCCGAAACGACCGUCGCGUCAAGCGCGAACUUUUGGAAGCGUCGUCCAAGAUUGGAGGCGGGUUUGACAAGGAGUUGGCGGCAGGCGACACUGUGGCCGAGCUGUUGAACGUCACUCAAACCCUUGGAACGGACGACGGAAAGCCAGCCAUGCCCUUCAAGCAGAGGCUGAUGCUCAACAUGAAGAAUCGCCACAUUUACGUGUCGGUGUUUGUCAAGAGGCAUCUUGAUCGAAACUUUUCGCAUGUGGCGCGCGCCACUGUUUGCACAACGACCUUGCUGAUGUGCAUGGGCCUCAACACGCUCAUUUACAACCAAGUGAGCUUUGAGGGCAUGUCGCUCGCCAUCAGCAUUGUGAACGGCAUCAUCUCGACACUCAUCGUCUUCCCGCUGUCGACCUUGGUCAUUGAGCUCUUCCGCCACUCGUUCCGGCACCCAGCCGAGGUGCGCAAGACGAUGGCCAAUCUGGAGAGCGCCAUGGAGCUUUCCACAAUGUCGUCGACUGGUAACUUUGGCUACGACGAAAAGCCCGCUCAGCCUGGCCAGCGCACCCUGGUCGAGCGCUGGAGCGCGUGGCGCAUUCCCCACGCCUGGCAAUAUGUUGCCUAUGUCUUGUGCUUCCUUUUCAGCGCCACCGGCAUCUUUUUGACCAUUUUCUGGUCGUACAGCCACACGUUCGACGACGAGGGCGUCUACCGCAUGUGGUUUAUCUCGGCUUCCGUGUCCAUCAUCCAGUCGAUUCUGAUCUCGUCCACGCUGAAAGUGUUUAUCAUGACUGUCAUUCUUACAUGGAUCGAUCACUGCCGGCGCCGCAAGUACCACUACACCCCGUGA